AUGGGUGACAAUCCAAUAUUAAAGUGGAAGUGCUCCAGCACAUUAAAUGUGGCAGCUGUUUUGCACUUGCACAGUCUCACAGCCACAAAAGUCCAAUCCAACUUCAUGGAUUCCAUUAAUGUCAAUGACGACAAAGUCAUUGGCCAUCAAGGGAUGUGGGUUGUAACAGCAGGCACUGGGCGCAUGGCCCAAUUGUAUGCACAAACCAAGUGUCUUGAGUUUGAUGCAUUGAAAAAAAGAGCUGUUCCACUCCUGUGCAACACAUACCUCAAUCAUAUGCAAUGGGUUGCAUUUAUGGCAGUCAACAAUGCAAUAAUGGCAGAACAUCUCCAUCCCAAAGCAGUCCCUACAGUGGUACUUGAGUCCAUCACUGCCACAGUGGCAGUGCAUUCACUGGGCUUCAUGACUACGGCCCUCCAAGGAGAUGGUCUCAUCAAGGAAGGAUUGACAUUCUGGGAGCCAGACAAGGAGCGGAUUAUCCUAUGA